GUAUUGAAAAAGGAACCACAGUUAGAGGUUAAAGCCAGUCCAAAGAAAGCCCCAGAAAUGACCAUUGAUCUUUUAGGACUUGACACUCCUGCUGAAGUUCCAGUUGCAAAUGGAAGCACUUCUACCACAAGCACAUUAAACGAUGACUUGGAUAUAUUUGGUCCAAUGAUCUCUAACCCUCUUCCUGUAUCUUCUGCACCUUCAACACAGGUUACAGCCACAGCCCCAGCAGCUACUAACGUACCUCCUUCUACCGGAGACCUAGAUUUAUUUACUGAUCAAGCCACAAAAUCUGAAGAAGCUCCAAAAAAGCCAUUGUCAAAAGAUUCCAUCUUGUCACUUUAUGGCACAACACACAUGCAACAGCAAAAUGCUGCAGCUAUGUUCAUGGGUUCCUCUCCAAUGCCGUACUCCACCCAGGCGACAAGUAAUUUCCAGGCUUUCCCACCAAUGGGAGUAGCUGUUCCUGCCAAUGCUGGAAUGAUGGGAAACAUGAUGGGACAAGCCAUGCCUGCAAUGGGACAGAAUACUGGAAUGAUGGUCGGUAUGGGUAUUCCAAAUGGAUUUGUUGGAAAUGCUCCAGCAGGAGUAAUGGGUCUCCCACCUAACAUGAUGGGACCACAAACAACAAUGGUUAGCAAUAUGGGAACACCUCCAAACAAAUUUGGGAUGCAGCAAAAUCAACCUACACCUUGGAAUCUUUCACAGAUGAAUCAGCAGAUGAGUGCAAUGAAUCUGAAUGGAGCAAGCAAUAUGAUGGGAUUUGGUCAGCCAGCAAACACUGUCGGAGCAGGAUGGUCAGGGAACGCUGCUGGUCAGACUCUAAGUACACAACUGUGGAAAUAAGGACGGCCUUCAUCAAGAGGAUCCAUUUGACAUUCCUUGCUUUAAAUGCACACCGAUACCCUUUGUUUCAAUUUUGUAUAUAUAUAUAUAUAUUAAGCUCUCUCUUCCAGAUGUUCAUAAAAAGGCUUGUCAGGUCUGAUAGUAGUGGGAAAAGGUACAUUUACAUAUCAACAAUUUUCCAUGAUUUGUACCUGUUUAUAAACCUACGUGUUUUAACAUGUGGUUUUAUUGUGCUAUGGUUUAAAGGGACUGGAUAUAAUUGGUGUUUUUCCAUUUUCUUAAUACAAUACCCAAAACCCAACUCCAAAUUACUCUUUGGUUAUUUAAAAAAACAAAAACUAGUCAUACUGAGGUAUGAUUUCUCUGUUUGGUUGUAAAUGUAUCACCAGACACCCCUACUUGUGUAUCUUUUUUGGAUGUUCAUUUAUCAUUAGCUGUGAUGUACUUCAAGUGUACUGAACAAGUACCACCAUACAUGAAAGCAACAUAAGUCUGGAUGGUGUAUAUUUGGGGUUCAGAUAAUGGAACUGACGGAAGUGUGUUUCCAUCAGUGCUAAAGAAUAAUGUUAUCCUGUGUAUAAGCUUCACUUAUCAUGGACUUCUUUCUGUCUACCGUGAAGUAAACACAGGUCCCUCGCUAGAACGUACAUCCAGAUUUAUGCCAGUGAUCGUGUUUACAUUUUAAGGUGCCUCGUAUUAUUGAAAUGUUUUCUCCCAUGUAUUAAUCUAUGAUCCUACAGAUUGUUUGUUUGUAUUUAAUGCAGCCCCUCAGGCUAUAUAGUUUAUUACCUAGUACUGACAAGGCAAAUGGUUAAUCUGUGUGCUGUACUUUUGUAAGUGGAAUGUUCUAUAUAAUAACCUUUUACUUUCAUCAUGUAGGGCCAAAUCAACACACUUCCAAAUUAUCCUGCUGCUGGUUUGUCUAAUAGCAUUCAGAUGAUGGGAUGGCACAUGCAGUCAAUGUACAAAAA